AUGUGCUCGUUUCUAGAAUGGCAAGACCUUAAGAUUGUGUACAGAAGAUAUGCUAGUCUCUAUUUUGUGUGCGCUAUUGAUCAGACAGAUAAUGAAUUGAUUACAUUGGAGAUUAUUCAUCGUUACGUGGAGAUUCUGGAUAAAUAUUUUGGAAAUGUCUGUGAAUUGGACAUAAUCUUCCACUUUGAAAAAGCUUACUUUGUUUUGGAUGAAUAUUUACUAGCUGGUGAAGUACAAGAGACAGGGGCAAAAGAAAUUCUUUCUGUGAUAGAUGCACAAGAUAUAAUUCAAGAGGAUGAAGUCCCACAAAAACUUUUCGAAGACCAAAGUCUCAAUUGA